AUGGACCCGCCGAGGAUGGACCCGCCGGGGCCGGCGCAGGGCCAGCACCAGCACGAGCCCAUCAGCUUCGGCAUCGACCAGAUCCUCAACGGCCCCGAGCAGGACAGCGCUCCCCCGCCGCCCCCCCGGGGCCCCGACGGCGCAGCGACCUUCCUGGGCGGCCCCGGCGGCCGCGGCGGCGCGCCCUACACGGCCCUGCCGGCCCCCUUCCCGGCCAUCGCCGCGCCCUUCGAGGACUCGGGAUCGUACAGUGUGAACCUCAGCCUGGCCCCGGCCGGCGUGAUCCGGGUGCCGGCGCACAGGCCUAUCCCCGGGGCCGUGCCGCCGCCCAUCUCCAGCGCCAUCCCGGCCAUGCCCGCCGUGCCCAGCCUGGGCAGCCUCAACUUCCCCUGGAUGGAGAGCAGCAGGCGCUUCGUCAAGGACAGGUUCACAGCGGCGGCGGCGCUGACGCCCUUCACGGUGACGCGGCGGAUCGGGCAUCCCUACCAGAACCGAACUCCGCCGAAGCGCAAGAAACCGCGGACGUCCUUCUCCCGGGUGCAGAUCUGCGAGCUGGAGAAGCGCUUCCAUCGGCAGAAGUACCUGGCCUCGGCCGAGCGCGCUGCCCUCGCCAAGUCCCUGAAGAUGACGGACGCCCAGGUGAAGACCUGGUUCCAGAACCGGCGCACCAAGUGGCGGCGGCAGACGGCGGAGGAGCGGGAGGCCGAGCGGCAGCAGGCGAGCCGGCUGAUGCUGCAGCUGCAGCACGACGCCUUCCAGAAGUCGCUGAACGAGUCGAUCCAGCCCGACCCGCUGUGCCUGCACAACUCGUCGCUGUUCGCGCUGCAGAACCUGCAGCCCUGGGAGGAGGAGAGCGCCAAGAUCCCCCCGGUCACCUCCCUGGUCUGA